AUGGAUGAAACAUACGAUUUGAUUUUUUUGGAUUCUUUCUCACACGACAAUUCGGAGGAUUUAAAUUUGGACCUGGUUCAGUUUUCUAACUCAGUCAUUAUCCAAGAAGUAAGAAUUAUUCCAAAUAAACUGAAAGUUUUGGUUGAUUUUCCUGGAAAAGUUACUUAUGGGUGUACAACACCUUCCUCUUUCAAAGUGGAGUUUUAUGUGAACAACCUUAGUAAGCCAAAUGCCUCAACUUUUGAAAAGAUUGGCAUAUUAGAUUAUCAUGAGAAUGGUGAAUAUGUUAUAAAGUCUGAUCAAAAGAAAUUGACAGACGGAUUGAUAAUAAAAGGCUGGUAUCAGAACAUAACACUUGCCAUAUAUGGCACGUUGACAUCAUUGAAUCAAAGCACCACCUCUCCUCCACCCACGUCUGCCUUCAAAGCCAAGCAGCAAGUGGUCUGUCAAGCAGUUCAGUCGAGCAGUCCGAAAGACAUCCCGCUGGAGCACAAGGGAUCCGUGAAGGACCCGCGAGAUAAUCACGAUCGACUGGAAGGCGUCUUCAAAAUGCCCGAAAAGAAAGAUAAAGUUUCACGAAAAACAAGCGCAUCUGCUGAGAAUAACGCUCGUGGUAAGAAGAGAGAACUGGUAGGAGAUGUGAUGGGAGGAGUGCAGCACAAGAAAUGCAGGUCUUCAUCGCCGAACAUUUAUUUCGAUGACGAGGAGGAUGUCACAGAGCCAGGAGAGAUAGCAGAUGGCUGUGACGUGGUUGAUGAAAACAUGGACAUAUAUGGAGCAUUAUCUGACGGAGAGAUCCCUGAGAAUGAUGGCGAGUACUCUCAAAUUUCAUCUGACGAGAACAACUUGCAAUAUGUCAGCUGCUUGCCCCAGGAGGUGGAGUUAGGAGACUGGGAGGGAGUUGAUGAUGGCACGUGGACUUACGGAUCCAUAUCAAGUUUUAAUCCUUAUCAGUGUGAACUUGCCUCUCUUGAAACUUUUGCAGACCCUUCAUUGACAGAAUUUGAGAAGGAAAAAUUGAAAUUACUGAGCGGUGAAGUUGUACUGGAUGAGAUUGAGGACGAACAAAUGCCAGCAUCGUCGUUGUUCAUCUUGAAUUUCAUCAAACAUCUCAAGCAGGGAGCUCAGCAUGAAUUCAGCUUCGUUGAUUCGCUGGAGUCCUUGCCUGCUCACAUCCUGCCCGGUCUUGUGUUCAUCAGUCAAGCUAAAAAGUUGAAAGAAAAUGUGGAAUAUUUAAUUGACUGGGCAUGUGACAAUUUAGAAAAUGGAUUGAAGGCAAUUUCAUUCAAGAACUUCUCAAUAAAGUACUUGAAAGCCAUCAUCAAACUGCUCGGAUGUCUGUGUACCUGUGACAGUCACAUUGCUGGCAUCAUGAUGGAAAGGAAUGUCCAGCAGAAGCUCCUCAACGCAUACGAUGACAUGUCUCCAUCAAUUUCUCUGCAGUCACUCAUCCUUGCAUCCAUAGACCAAUCUAUUAGAUUCAAAGUAGGACUUGAUGCUUUCAUCCGCAAGCAAUCAACUCAUUCGGAUGGAAAGACCGAAGCAUGCUCUCAAACUCCUUACCAAAGCAUGGUUGGAAUAUUGCUUAAAAAGCAGAAAGUUCACAUUUACGAGGUCCUCUCAAAGUUGUACAAGAAUGUGCUAAACCUUCAGAACAAAUCUGCCAUUGAUGAAUUCAGCAACACCACCACCAACAACAACAACAAUGCAGACGUCGUUAGCGAGGAUAUUGAUAAGAUGGAUGAAGUCGUAUCGGAUGGUUUAUCGAGUGACAUGAAGCAAGCGGAGAAGAAUGUUGCUGCUACAUCUUCCAGCUCGGAGAAGAAGGAUUCCAGUAACGACAACACAAUUGACGAUGAGAUGAGAUUGAUGAAGACCAAUGAUGACGAGAUCAGUGAGGAAGUCAUGAUGAUUGUUGCCUGCUUGGAUGAAGUUCACACCGCCCUACAAAGUCACCAUCAACUGGCACAGCCAGAGCGAUUUGUGAUAUACAAGAGGCAAAAUGCACUCAAUUCCCUCUCUGCACUUAUCCAUAUUUUUGAUACUUGUAACCUGAUAGAGUGCAUAUUCGUGUUGCUGUCAUCUCCACUGACCAACAACAACCCAUCCAUAUUCAUGAGCCUCAAAAACGUCCUCACGUCGCUCACCACCUCGCAUCAAGGGCUGCUUUUUUUGACCUUCAAAUCAGAGGCCACCAAUGGAAUUCUUCGAAUUUUACUCCAAACAUCUGAUUAUUGUCAAGAUGAUGAGAGGGAGUUGAAUGCAGCAAACCAGCUUGGACUCUUCAUGGCCUACCAUCUGCAGACAAUCCAAUACAUUGACCAGCUUAAUGAGUACCACAUAAAAGCUUCGUUGUGUGAGGAUCAGAAUGUCAACGAUACAGCCAUUCUCGCAGUCAUGUUGAACCUGUACUCAAUGACCUUCACCUUCCAAGGAAAAGAGGCAUUGGUCCACGUAUUCACAUCCAAUGAUAACAUCAACACUCUCAUUUCAUUCAUCCAAGCAGAUUCUGGAGAUAAUGAGAAGAAGCAUUCACCUGUCUGCAUAUCAUACGUCCUCUCCAUCGUCCUCAUCAUCGUUCAGCACACAGAUGAAGUGGGGUGGCUGAUUACAAAUUGCAAAACACUCUUGGCUGUCGUUGAACAAGAACUGAAGUCUGGCAAGGCAGAUGAACAGGUGAAGGAACUGUACGACUGGAUAUCUCCAUUGAAAAUCAUCGGAACACAAACAGCGGCGCGUGAAAACUGCCAGACACUUGCUUUGGAGCUACUGACAGCACUGAGGCAGCAUGCCGAUGAUAUGCAAGAUGUUCCUAAAAGCGCUGUCACCAUUUUGAGAGUGCUGAAACAUCUGAGCAUCCAAUCAAAUGAUUGCCAGGAGGUUGACAUGUUCAGAGAAAUUCAAUACAAAGUGGUUUUAAAUAAUUUGUUCGGAGCCAACUGCCUGUCAUUGUUCGGAAGCAUUCUGCUGAAAGUGAAAAACUUAUUGCUGUUGCCAUGGCAGCUGGGGUUUUCAAUGACCCCGACCAGAAAAUGGUUGGUGCUAUCUGUGGUGCAGCCCAUCUUGCUGAUGAUGAGGGCGAUACUGACGCAGCUGAUAUCUCUUAGAGAUACUAAGUUUGCAGACUUGUCAGCACUUGCUGGCUUGUUUGGCAUACAUACAGUCAUGUGUUCAACCUCACAGACGGGAGUGCUCCCACUUGAGUUACAGAAGAUUCAAAAUUUGAUUGUGGACAUCCUGAUGGCUUACACUCAACCAACGAUUAUCGAUUCCGUGAACGAAGAUGAAUCAUUGAAAUUUUUUAUAGUUGGGUCGGAUGGACUUUGGAGCAAGAUGAUUGGAGAAGUUCUGAAGUACACUCUAUCCUUACCGUGCACCUUCCUCAGUGGUCUCAUUCUCAUUUCUGAGCUGUUGCCUUUGCCUCUGCCCUUGCAAGUCAAGCAGGAGAUCACCUCGAAGCAAGUGGAUGAAGUUCUGCUGAUGAGGAAGAGGUGGGCUGUCCAGUUACUGUCGCAUGCAUCUGUCCUGCAUCAAAUCAUUAGAGUCCUCUCUGCGACGACCAUACAGCCAUUGAAUCAACUGUUGAGAAGAGUCUGUUGGCAAAUUGCUGACUUAUCUGCUGCAACGGCUGCCAUCGUUGUCAGUUCACUUAUAGAUAUUUUGAAAGAAAGUAUGGAUCCUUCCAUGGACCAAGCAGCUUCCACGAAAGCUGCCAGCGACAAAGCAACAACCACAAACAUCAAAUGUGAGCAGCCCGAAUGCCAAGCCUCCCCGCGAACUUACAGGAUUUUGAGUCUCAUCUCAUUCCUCGUCAGCCAGCCUGCUAUCAAAUGCUCAUUUCUCUCUUAUUUAAAAUCAAAUGAUGCAGGUGAGAUGUAUGGAGAUGUUAUUGGACGGUUAAUCUCUCUUCUCGACGUAGUGUCCGACCAAUUUGCACACCUGCAAGCUCAAGAGGCAAUUUUGACAAUAUUUCAAAGCUUGUGUGAUUACGAAAUUAGUCUCAUCAUCGAUUCUGAUCUGAAGCUAUCCAACUGCUUGCCGUCGAGGGAGCACAUCAGUCUCAUAUGCCUGGCUCUCCUGAAGCACAUUGGCAAUAGGGAUCACAAAUUUUCGACCAUCCUCCUCUCACUCAGGACAUUAUCUCUCCUUCUUGAACACGAUUACGGCUUCUACUUGGUCAAACGGUAA